AUGCGUUUCGCGCCGCCGGGGCUCCUGCUCGCCCAGCUUCACGCGUGCAUCUACUGGAGCUGCCUCUGGCCCGCCGGCUGCCAGCAGCAGCAGCCGCCGCGCCGGGACGCCCCGCCGCCCCCCGCCGCCUGGAGGCAGCGGAUCCAGUGGGAGAACAACGGGCAGGUGUACAGCCUGCUCAGCCUGGGCUCCCAGUACCAGCCCCCGCGGCGCAGGCAGGCGGCCGAGGCGGCGGGCAGCCCCAUCCUGCUGCUGCGGAACAACGGCACGGUGCUGCCGCGGAGAGCCGCCGCCCGCAGCAACGCCGCCAGCGCCGCCGCGCAGCCCCAGCCGCAGCCCCAGCCCGCCGCCGGCAGCCGCGGGGGCUCCGGGGCUCGGCACUGGUUCCAGGCCGGCUACCAGGCUCCCUCCGGGGGCCGCGCCGCCGCCGCCGCGCAGCGGAGCCCAGGGGCCCGGGGCGCCUCCGCGGGGGCGCCGCGACCCAGCCCCGCCGGCGGCACCGGCACCGACGGCAACGGGAGCAGCGCCGGGGCCGGCAGCCUGCCGCCCCUGGGCAGCUUCAGGCCCGGCCGGGAAGAUGUCAUGGUAGGAGACGACCCCUACAACCCCUACAAGUACACGGACGAUAACCCUUACUACAACUACUACGACACCUACGAGAGGCCCCGCCAGGGCAGCAGGUACAGACCCGGCUACGGCACCGGCUACUUCCAGUACGGUCUCCCUGACUUAGUCCCGGAUCCCUAUUACAUCCAGGCGUCCACAUAUGUCCAGAGGAUGUCCAUGUAUAACUUGAGAUGUGCUGCCGAGGAGAACUGCUUGGCAAGCUCAGCUUAUCGAGCAGAUGUUAGAGACUAUGACAAUCGGGUUCUCCUGAGAUUCCCCCAAAGAGUGAAAAACCAAGGCACAUCGGAUUUUCUGCCCAGCAGACCCCGUUACUCAUGGGAGUGGCACAGCUGUCACCAACAUUACCACAGCAUGGAUGAAUUCAGCCACUAUGACUUGUUGGAUGCAAGCUCACACAGAAAAGUUGCUGAGGGUCACAAAGCAAGUUUCUGCCUUGAAGACACUUCCUGUGAUUAUGGAUAUUACAGGCGGUAUGCAUGUACAGCACACACACAGGGUCUGAGCCCUGGCUGCUACGACACUUACAAUGCUGACAUAGACUGCCAGUGGAUUGAUAUUACUGAUGUAAAACCUGGAAAUUACAUUCUGAAGGUGAGUGUGAACCCCAGCUACCUGGUGCCCGAGUCCGACUACUCCAACAACAUCGUGCGCUGCGACAUCCGCUACACGGGCCACCACGCCUACGCCUCUGGCUGCACCAUCUCCCCGUGA